AUGGACAUCAAUAAAUCCCUCGUUUUAUUAGUGGUCGCGCUUGUCAGCUUGGUUUCCGUAACAAGCGGAAUCUCAUGUAUCAAUCCUAGUAAAUACAGUAGUCAAACGAUUUGCGACCAUUUUGGUCGAAAAUGUGGUGAAUGUGUAAGUUUUGUCAAAAAGUGCACUGGUGAUGAGCGUAGAACAAAUCAAUGGAGACAAGGCAGAAAAGUUCGUGACGCAUCGAUUUCACCUGGUACAGCUAUCGCUACAUUUCCUGAUGGUGCAUAUUCGGGCCACGCUGCAAUCUAUAUGAGCCAAGGUCACAAUGGUAUACAUGUUUGGGAUCAAUGGUAUGGUCAUCCAGUUUCACAGCGAAUCAUUCGUUGGAAUGGUCAUGGACUUUCAAAUAAUGGUGACAGCUUCUACGUAGUUGCUUGA